AUGCCCAGAGUUGUUCAUACUUUCACUCCUCAAUUUUCCAAUUACAAGAAGAUAGAACAUGAUUUUUAUAUGCAUCACAGACCAGCAUCCGAAGUAUAUUCAACAUUCAGAAUUCAAAACGUAAUGGGUUUGAAUAAGAGAGUGUACAAAAGGGUAUUUGAUUACUAUGAAUAUACAAUUGAAAGAAGAGAUGGAACAAUCAGUAUGUUUACAGACGCAGAACUUCCUCAUUUGAAUCCUCAUGAUUUGAAGUUUCUGUUGGUAUAUUUUGGAGAGAAGCUUGAUAAAGGAGUUGUACAAUAUAGGGAUAUUCUCAUUAGGGUAAGAAAGGCUUUAAAAGAGUACAUUCAACGUUUCUCAAGGGUAGAUAUGGAAUUAGCAAAGAGUUUUGAAAUGGAACGUUUGGUAAUAGAACCUCCCAACACCAAAUUUGAUAAUAUCGAACAACCCGUACUACAAGAAAUUUGUAGAUAUGGAAACAAAAAGCAUUUCCUUCGUUUGUCUGAAGCUCAAAAGUAUGAUAACUUCACUUUGCACAACUUGGUUAAUCUUGUAGUGAAUCAUGAGAAUGCAGACGAGAAUCUGAAAAAGCGUGUGUUAGAAAUUCUUCAUUGUCACAUGAAUGCAAAAGUUAAGACGCCAUUUCCUGAAAUGGUGGUUACAAUUUUAGCUAUGAAUGAUAACCUUUUAGAUUCCGAUCAAAUACAAGAUUUACUCAAAUUCUAUCCCACGAAAGAAGAGAUAGAGCAAAUCAAGAUGAAAUUCACUGAUGACUCUGAGACAAUGAGUAAGCGUGAACAGUAUAUCCUGGACCUAAUGAAGGUGCCACGUAUGGAGGCCAAAUUGAAUGUUUUUAUGUUCAAAAUUCAAUUUAACGUUCUGCUUACAGAAUUCAAAAAGAGUCUAAGCACAGUAAACUCUGCAUGUGAUGAGGUGCGGAAGUCCACAAAGUUGAAAGAAAUCAUGAAGAGAAUUUUAUAUUUGGGGAACACAUUAAAUCAAGGAACUGCUAGAGGUGCUGCUGUUGGAUUCAAGUUGGAUAGUCUUUUGAAACUGACUGAUACACGAUCUUCAACUAGCAAGAUGACUUUAAUGCAUUAUCUCUGCAAGGUUCUUGCCUCCAAAUCCCCAAGCCUUUUAGAUUUCCAUGAGGAUCUUGUUAGCCUAGAAGCUGCAACCAAGAUACAACUCAAAGUUUUAGCAGAAGAAAUGCAAGCCAUUCUGAAAGGGCUAGAAAAAGUCAAACAGGAACUAGCUGCAUCGGCAAAUGAUGGCCCGGUGUCUGAAGGUUUUGGUAAGACAUUGAAGGAGUUCAUUGGCCAAGCUGAGGCGGAAAUGACAAGUGUAACGGAGUUCUAUUCCAUUGUGUGUAGAAAUGCUGAUGCAUUGGCCAUAUAUUUUGGUGAAGAUCCUAAUCGUUGUCCUUUUGAACAAGCUACUAUGAUCCUUUGGAACUUUGUUAGACUCUUCCGAAAAUGUGACGCAGAGAACUUUUAAGGCGGAAAUGGUGGAAGUAAAGGGUGUUAAUGUAAAUUAAGAUAACAUUGUAUCAAUAAAUAAUUAAAAAUAUUAUAUCUUUUAAACCAGUUAUUUGUUUAUUUUAACAAAUAACGUCUAUUGUGAUCUAUGUCCUACCAAAAAGUUUAAUAGAUAAAUUGUAUAUUUGUAAUUGUGCU